CUCUCUCACGCCCGCCUUUCCCAUCCUGCAUUUUACAGCCGGUGCAGCGUGUUCUGCACUUGAGCAUGCUGAAGAAGAGCAUGACGGGGGCGGACAUCGCGGGCGAGGUUAACCGAAUCGUCACCCAUCAAUUCCGCCUCGACCCCAACAACUGCCGCGCCGUGAUGGGUGACAGCUGCGCGGCCAACCUCCUUGCUAUGGAUUCGCUUCUCCUGGUGUUCAGGUUCGCCGUCGUCAUCCCGUGCUUCUCCCACACCUUCAACAACAUCGGCAAGCAGCUGGUAUGCGAGGAGAUCGACGUAUUCCUGGGCAAGCUCCACACCCUGCUUUCGCACAGCGCCUUCGCCAAGGACCUGUUCCGCAAGGAAGUCGGGGUACGCGCUCCCGAAACGCCGGGACACCGUUGGGGCUCGAGAUUCGAGCGGGACGAAGUGAUCGCUGUGAACUGGCCUGGUGCGGUGAAGUUCAUGAGGGACGACCUGGCGAAACUCAGGGACGAUGGCAAGGCCCAGAGCUUGGUGCUCCAGUUGCAGCUGGCUUUGACGGUGGACGUCGGCCGCAUCAUUACUAGCGCCACAAUUUUUCUGGAGGGGGACAUGCCGCUGGCGCACAAGACGUACAACGUUAUUGAACGAGUCCGCAACAAGCUCGAGCUGCCCGAGGAUGGAAUCUUCUCUGAGGACGUGCCGCUGCCCAACGUCGCUGCACUUGUCGCGAAGGAGGUCGGCCAAGGCGAUGACAUGGGGGCAACCGCUGACUUGAUUCAGAGCGAAAUGCAGGACAUGCUCGACGCCCUUCGCAGGUACGCACACGAGAGGAUCGGCAGCCACUCUGAGGCGAAGCUGGCUGAAACAAUGAAGCUCUUCAAAGCCGCAAAGCUCACGGACUUCACGUACAUGAAGACUCACAAGUACUCCAACGACGAGAUACGCAGCCUCUCGGUAUUCCCCUUUGUCGACGAUGACAUGAUGGACGGGCUUCUGAAGGAGAAGAACGACUUCUACGUCGCCGCCACCGACACCGACACUGACUACGACAACAUGACUUUCUGGAGCGACAACAAGAAAAAUCUCCCUACGUGGCACGAGUUGGUGUUGGAUGUUGUUCUUCUGCAGCCGUCGUCAGCUUUCAUGGAACGCGUUUUUUCCAUCUUGCGGUGUUGCUUUAGUGAACGUCAAGAGUCGGUAUACAGCGACCGCAUAUGCGCUUCCGCACUACUGAAAUACAGUAGGGGAAGGGGAAGUAACAGAGGGCUGAGGCAAGCGAGUGAGGAUGCCCCGGAAGAUGGCGACCUUGACCUGUGAUGGAUCUUCUUGGUUUGUUUAUUGUCUACGUUGUGGGCGAGCCGGGCUCUGGCUGAAUGUAGUGCGUAGUGCGU